AUGGUGGCUGCAGCCGUCGAGUACCGCCAACCCGAGCACAUCCUGCCAAGAUACGCCGACUUCAUGUACCGUGUGGUGCUUGGCGCCGUCGCGAUCCGCUCCCGGCUCUACUUUCUGGCCGAUGACGCCCAAGUCUGUCCCGUCUGCGGCGACCUCGAGACGUACGACCAUCUUCUGCUUCGUUGCGAAUUUGUCACUGCCGUGUGGGCGGUCUUUCAGCCGCUCGUCGACGCCCUCAAGCUCGAACUUCCCACGACGCUUUCCGCGCUCCUCUUCGAACCGCUGGUAACAGGCCAACGAUACCGUCGGCGUGCAGUGGCCAUGAUGUGGCCGAUCCUCCGCGCGUGCGUGCUCCACACCGUCUGGCUUGCCCGCAACGACCGAGUCUUUCGCCCCGAGGCGCCCCUUGUGACGCCUGAGGCAGCCGCCCAACGAGCCGCGUUCUUGACCAAGCUGCUGAACACUCAAGCAUUGUGCCUCUUCCAAACGAUGGCCGCCCUGCGGCACGACGCAUGGCUACGCGACAACUUUGUUCCGGCAUGUGCCGUUUACACGCCACGUCUCCCGCUCCCGCUCGGCUAA